CCCACAGUUCGUGAAGGCAGCACGCAUGCGUCAGUGCGAGUGUUGCUAUAGUAACUGCUAAAGACUAGUCUAGCCAAGCUCAACUUUUGACUAAAUGGCGUUGAAGAGCACCGACCCGUUGUCAGUAGAUGAAGGAGAAGAAGAUGAAAGGACAGAGGAGGAGAAGAGGGGAGGAGGAGGAGGAGCAGCCGCGUGGAGCCUCGAGUCUCAGGUUCCAGUGAAGAUACUGCGAGGUCACACCGACUCUGUCACCGCUGCUCGACUCUGCUUCAGUGACCGUCGCAUUCUCAGCUGCUCCUCAGACUGCACCGCCAUCCUCUGGGACACAGACAGCUGCCGGCCCCUCAGGGUAUUCAGUGGAGCUCAUCAGAGAACCAUCACCGACUGCGCUUUGAUCCCAAACACCAACAGGAUGCUUACAGUCUCCUGGGAUAAGAAGAUGGUGUCCUGGGACAUGGAGACCGGACAGAUUCUGUGGAAGUACCAGCCGGGCGGCCUGCUGACAUCCUGCAGCUCCUCCUCUGAUGGCCGACUGCUGGUUUGUGCCGCCGAUCCUCAGAACGGCAUGUAUGUCGUCGACGCAGCCGGUGGACAGAUACAGCACCACGUCAGCGAUCAUCAUCGGUCCACCAUCACUCAGUGCCGGUUUGACCCUCAGAGCCAACGCAUAGCCACGGUGUCCGAAGACAGGAGUGUUAAACUGUUGGACCUGUGCAGCCACAAAACCACAGUGUCCAUAGACAACGCCCAUGGCAACGUUAUCGCUAACUGCUGCUUCACCAGCGAUGGCUGCUUUCUGUGCACAGCUUCAUGGGAUAAAACCCUGAAGCUUUGGGACCUGCAUUCUGGAGGGUUCCGCUGUCACGGUGGGACACUGCUGCAGAAAGGACACGAAGGCAGCGUCAGCUCCUGCAGCUUCUCUGCUGACGGUAAACUACUGGUGUCCGGCUCCUAUGACAAGACUGUUGCACUCUGGGAUAUGCCCAGCCUCUGCCAGACUGUAACUCUGAAGGGUCACAGUGAUUGGGUCACAGAUGUGUCAGUCAGUGCUGAUGGGAAACUAUUGGCCUCUGCCUCUAAGGAUCGUACCAUCAGGUUGUGGAACAUAGAGAACACUGAGGACAUCCCACAAGUGAUGAAGAAGAAGACACAAGCAACAGGAAGUCAAAUAGUCCAGUGUGAAGAGUGUGGGAAACCGUUUCCUGUGUGCAGACUUCAGAGCUCUGAGCUGUUGACAAAGUGUGUGUUCUGUCGACUUAAAACACCCACCGUAUUCCGACCUCAGCUUCCGCCUCACACGUCCCUCUGACGCCCUGUCAGAGGUUAAAGGUUGACCAGAGAGAACUCCUGCUGCAGCGUUUGAGGGAGGCCUGAGCCCAGUGCCGCUGCGUCCUGCCGACCUCCUGCACUCAGACCACUGUCC